GGCCGCUUGGUUAGGGCGCUAUCGCCGUCCUCCUACGUUGCAAUUGCGAGAACGUGAUUGGACAGAGCGCGCGCUCCCCGAGCGCGCGGAGGAGAACGCGGCUACUAUUGGCCGCGCGGUGAGCUCUCCUCUCCCCGCACGCUGUUUGCCUUUCCCUUCCUCCCGCUCCUGCCGCUCGCGGGCUUGCGUCGUCUGCUCCUUCGGCAGUGAUCUGCUUGCUUGCCCUCGUGCUUUGUCAGCUUCGCUUUUCACUCCUCCAUUGUUACGUCGGUUUUGUUUUCUCGAUCGCGCCUCUUCUUCAAUCAGGCUAGCGAUGUGGAGGAGUAAGUACAAAAGCAAGACGAGGUUUGCGUACGGAGCGUGUAAACGCUCGAUGAAGGAAGUGAGAGCAGCGAAAUCGAGCGCCGAUGCGGCUCCCGCCACAGGCAGCGACAUAGUCGUGUCGACGUGUUCACCGACUGCAGCUGAAGAAUCUAUCAGCUCCUGUGUGCCUGGAACUUCGACGGGAAACACGACGGUGCACCUGCAGACGGAGUACGUUUCUCGGGCGGAAGCUGAAGCGGCAGCGCAACAUCGCGAUGCCGUUCGUGCCGAACUUGCUUCCGUGUCUGCCACGCAACGUAAGUUUGAUAUUCUGAAGCAAGAUCCUCCUACUCCGACGAAUUCGUCAUCGAAAUUCACCAUCGUGCGGCUAGAUGCUAUCAAUGAACUUCUUGGCUACACGGUCUGCCAAGGCUGCUCAGCCACGGGAAUGAAGAUUCAAGAAUCGACAGCUCUGGGUCUUGCUGUGAAGCUUGAACUUGUGUGCCCCGUCUGUGAAGUUGUUUCCCACGCCUGGUCUUCACCACGCAAGGCCGACUCUAAAGCGUUUGACGUGAACCUGAGAGCAAUAUCUGCAAUCAGGAGCAUCGGCAAGGGCCAGACUGCGUUGAAUGAUUUCUGGUCAACGAUGAACGUGUCCCACCGAGGACUCCAUCACAAGACUUAUCAGGAACACCUCAAAAACGUUGUCAGCAAGUCGGCUGCAGUUUCUGCAGAGAAGAUAUUCACAGAGUCCGCUGCUGCUGUGAAAAGUAUAUGCAAGGACAUGGACCCAAGUUUCACCAGGGAUAUUGCCGUCGUCUAUGAUGGCACCUGGCACAAGAGGGGCUUCAGUUCCCAUGUCGGCGUUGGGAGCGUCAUAGAAUUCGACACCGGCCUGAUUCUAGAUGCUGAAGUGCUCUGCAAUCUGUGUCUCGGCUGCCAGACUGGACCCAAGCCUGGAGACGAGAAGUACGCCGAGUGGUUACAAAACCACAACUGCCAAAAGAACACUGAUGCGAACUCUGGAAGGAUGGAAGUUGAUGCUGCACUUGCACUUUUCGGGCGUUCUUUGGAAAAACAUGAUUUGCGGUACACUACGCUGAUUUCAGAUGGGGACAGCAGGACUUUUGGUGCCCUAACCGAAGAGAGAACCUAUGGGUUUGUCCCCAUAAAGAAAGAAGAAUGCCUCAACCAUGUGCAGAAACGAAUGGGGACUGCUUUGCGAAAUCUCUCGCAGAAGAGUGACAAGCCACUAGGAGGAAAGGGCCGCCUCACGAAAGGACUAAUUGAAAAGCUCACUGGCUACUACGGAUGGGCCAUAAGGAAUCACAGCAACGACGUGGGCGCCAUGAAGCGGGCCGUGUUGGCGACCUUUUACCAUGUCACCUCAACCGAUGAAAAUCCGAAGCACGACCUGUGUCCAAGUGGAGCAGACUCUUGGUGCAGGCACAGGGCAGCUGAGGCAAAAGGAGAGCCACUGGCAAAACACAAGUACUGUCUCCCCAACUAUGUUGCCGAGGCCAUGCUGCCUGUGUACGAGCGCUUGUCACAAACGGCGCUCCUCACGCGCUGCUUGGGAGCCAAGACUCAAAAUGCUGCGGAAAGCUUUCAUUCGGUACUGUGGUCUUUGAUGCCGAAGGAGCAGCAUGCUUCACUGGUGUCUGUAGAGGCUGCCCUGCACGAGGCAGUCAUCAGGUUCAAUGCUGGCUGUGCUAGGGCACAUCAGGAGAUAAACAGUGCCAUGAACCUCCAGCCUGCACACCUGGCUCUCCGGCGGGCCUCGGAAAAGGACUCUCUGCGCUUGAGCAAGGCCACGAAGCGCCACCACGCAAAGCAAGAUGCACGCCAGAAGAGGAGAGCUGAACACAGCACCACAGACUAUGCUGCGGGUUCUUUUUGACACUGUUGUGCUGCAUCUAACUUUGGGACUUCGUUUCUCGAGAAGGUGUUUAUUGAAUCUUACAUUACUUUUGCCAAGCAUAUCUCGCAAAGCAGUUGUUCGAUUUGUGCGCUGUUUCUUUUAUU